AAAUGUUGAAGGAUGCUCCAUCUCUAACAAAUCUCCCAAAAUCUCUCCCAUCCAUUGCUCCAUCUUCUUUUUAACCCCCAUUCAUCCCCUCCAUUUUCCUCACACCGCAAUUGCUUCCUUCUUCCUCCUCACCACACUACACUACACUACACACACCCCUUCCACUUUUCCACAUCCAGAGGAAGCAGGUUUUCCCCCACCUCCUUCCUCUUCCGCCAUGGCCUUCUUUCACUCUCCCGCUCUUCUUCUUCUACUUUUUCUAUCUCUUCCAUUCUCAGUUCAAUCUCAGCUUUCUCUCGAUUAUUACCAGAAAACUUGCCCCGAUUUUGCACAGAUCGUUCAUGACACUGUUGCUCGCAAGCACGCUACUAGCCCUGUCACCGCCGCUGCAUCUAUGCGCCUUUUGUUCAGCGAUUGUUUGGUUGGAGGCUGCGAUGGCUCUGUUCUUGUUUCAUCCAAUGUCUUCAACCACGCCGAGCGCGAUGCUGAAAUCAACCGCAAUCUUCCUGGUGACGCCUUUGACGUCGUCACUCGAGCGAAGAUCACCUUAGAGCUCUCCUGCCCUGGGAUUGUCUCUUGCUCCGACGUGUUAGCGCAAGCGACUAGAGAUCUCAUCGCGGCUACAGGCGGACCAUCGUACAAAGUUGAAUUAGGGCGAAAAGAUAGCCUCGUCUCGAAAGUUUCAGACGUGGAAGGCAACAUUCCGAAACCGAAUCAAUCAAUCGACGAGUUGAUCAAGCUAUACACAGCGAAAGGCUUCACGAUUCAAGAAAUGGUAGCGCUAUAUGGCGGACGCACGAUCGGAUUCUCAAAUUGCAAGGAAUUCAGCGACCGGCUCUUCAAUUUCAGCAAAAACACACCAACAGAUCCUGAGAUUAAUUCGAAAUACGCGGAGGCGUUGAAGAAGUCCUGCGCCGAUUACGAGAAGAAUCCAGCGAGUUCGGCGUACAGCGACCCUGUAACGCCAGGGAAGUUCGACAACGUAUACUACCAGAAUCUGCUGAGAGGAAUGGGACUGUUGGCGUCGGAUCAGGCGCUGGUGAAGGAUCCGAGAACAAGGAAAUUCGUGGAGAUGUAUGCAGGAAACCAGGCAUUAUUCUUCAAGGAUUUUGGAGAGGCGAUGGAGAAGAUGAGCGUUCGCGAGGUGAAAACUGGCGGGAAAGGAGAAGUGAGGACAAGAUGCGAUGCGUUUAAUUCAAUCAACCAUUAGCCCAUUUUGUCUUUUCCUAAAUAAGUCAUUCUUUAAGGGGAUUUUUUUCGUUUUUUUUUUCUUUGUAAGAUUUAUUUGGAAAAACAUUGUAGAGAGUUUAUUGAUGGAAGAGAGUGAGAGGAAGAGGCGGAGGAACAUCUUUUUGUAAUUGUGGUUAUUUCAUGUUUUAAUCAACUCAAUUUUCUUAUUUUCUCUU